AUGCCGUGUCCUCACCCCCACGAUCCCGGGCUGGGCUGGCUGUGCCACAUGUGGAGCUCGAUGUCGCAGGAGCGCGGCGUGCAGGAGCGGCCGGAGAGUCGGGAAGAAGAUGACAGAAAAGUAAGGAGGAGAGAAAAGAAUCGAGUUGCUGCGCAGAGGAGCCGGAAGAAGCAAACGCAGAAAGCAGAUAAACUUCACGAGGAAUAUGAGUCUCUUGAGCAAGAAAAUACCUCCCUGAAAAGAGAAAUCGGAAAGCUAACAGAUGAAAUGAAACACUUGAGUGAAGUGUUGAAGGAUCAUGAAAAGAUCUGUCCACUAUUGCACUGCACCAUGAACUUUGUGACCAUACCAAGGCCUGAUGCACUUGCCAGCUGCCUACCAAGAUGAGUGCUCUCCUCAAUCACCUCUCAGUGUGAUGCAUGAAAGUGCCAUUAACAGGAGGUUUCAAGAGCUGCCUAGUCUCUACUCUACAUUGAAUUGUUACAGUCUUCUGAAUCUCAGGAAAACACCAGCAUGGAAAAAAAAGACAAUUUGAACAGCAGCUUCUAACUUGGUAGACUCUUCAAGCCAUGGUUUUGCCUUUGGAAAUGUCAAAGUGCUGUGCAGCUCACUAUGGAUCAAUGGAGUGUAGACAGGGAAAAGUACCAACCUCAGCCUGGGAUGCCUUCCUCCCACACAUCCACUGCCAGUAACCCUUUGUCACUUGUCACCCAUGCCUGUCAUGACCAGGCUGCUGGGUUUUAUCUCUCUAAACAGGUUUGGUUAAUAAAAGUGAUGUCUCAUCUCUAUAGUGUUCUCCACCUUCUUCAAUAAUCGAUGUCUAUAUAGCAUCUCUGCUUUUCAUUUGCUGGUUGAUGCCAAAGUCUAAUGCUAAUUUUACUG